AGUUCUACAAAACCGCGACAUUUUAUCAUGGCAUUAUUAAGUGCUGAUUUUAUUUUAGCAUGUUGAAAAAGCCAAGGCAGGAAAUUUAAAACCACAUAAGUUUGAAAUUAUCUUCUUCUUGUGUAGACUAAUCUAAUUUUUUGAUGCGUAUGGCGAAGAUACAGAACAAACGACCGUCUUUUUGCUUGUCCGUGUUUUUUUAGCAGAAAGGCAAGGCAGAAAAUAUUUUCUGAAUUAAUCUCAUCUUCUUUAGAAACGAACCUUAUCUCCCUAGUCUUUAUUUUUGGCAGAACUCUGUACGAACUUUUUGUUGAAAGGAUAACACUAUCAGAAGACAUUCUAAAUUCAGAGAAAGGUGCUAAUCCAAGGCGUGAGGGGAACGGAAAGCAAUUUAUCAAAAUAUUUCCACCAUCAUAUUUGCUUUGUUUAACUAUCCUGUCCUUUCAAAAUUUUUCUCACGCGCAUUAAAUUAUAUUUCUCUGAUUUAUUUACAAGUUAUAUAAAUGAUUGCUUAGAGUGUAUAAAAGCAAGUUUAACUACACAAUAUUAAUACAAUGGCACCUAGAUGAAAAAAGAAAAUCCAGUUCAAAAUUCACUAGGAUGUUAAUUGUCUGCCUGAUUUUCUAAAUACAUUGGGCGAUUCAGUUCCCAUAAUGCACUGUGUAUGAUAACAUUUAUAAUUUGCAUAGGGCCAUGUACCACAACAUUAGUGCCCUGAUAACAACAUAAUUGUUUUAAUCUUCAACAUAUCAUUUCUUCUUUCAGGUAAAAAAAUUAAUUGGUCACCAGGUUUGUUGACUUUUUUAAUAUAAGCAAAGAAAAUAAAACCUGAUAGUUCAUCUCGUUCUUUUCUUUUGUACUUAGUUGUGGUGACUGAAGUCGUCGGGAAAAUCUGAUUCUUGGUUUUAGUGUUUGCAUCAAACUGCUUAUUGUGUUUGCUAUCGCAUUUCUUUAUUUAAUGGUUGCGUGGUGUUCACAGUUUAUUGUAUUCCUUCACCUGCAUCUUACUGUUUGUUAAUUUGACAAUGAAAAAUCAUCGUACCAGUCGUUCAUGAACAGCAUCCUUUUCCUAUAAGAUUUUCGUAAUUGGGCAUUCUCUUUGCGAAACAAAUAUAUUAUUUGCUCGCGAAGAAGGUUGAAUUGAAAACUUUUCUACUGGAUACCUAAAGUUGACAUGCAGAUUGAGGUUCAUAAUGCGUGGGAAUGAACCGAAGCAACAUUAGCCAGUUUUGACAUGUCAAGCUCAUGUUAAAAUUGGUUUGGAAGUAUUUCCUGGAACUUGUCAAUAUCAUGGAUGAUACCGAAGGGAAAGUCGAUAUUUUUGGUGGCCUAAUUUUGGGUACGAUGGCUUUUAUCACUAAUUUGCUGCAGUUAACAGUUACGAUUCGGAAAAGACAAUAUCUUCUUCCAUUUGAUAUCUCAGUUUUGAGUCUUUGUAUGGCAGAUGUCGCGACGUCGGUUGUGGUCUUAGUGUUUAUCACGCUGGCCUCUAUUCUUGUCUAUGAACCUGUAUCAGAGUUUAUGUUGAUAAACAUGCCAAUUGUACUUUCAUUUGCAGUCACUUCAUCGGCAUUCCAUGUGUCAUUUAUCGCCAUCCAGAGGCUGCUGGCUGUUUCUAAACCAAUAAAGUUUCGAAUUUUAUUCAAAAGAACACAUUGUCUACUCGUACUUAUUUCCAUAUGGAUUUUAUCCGCUUUACUUACCUAUCCAUGGAAGGAUUCUUCCACAAUGAUCGCAAUGAAAUGUUCCUUUAUUUUAUCCGGCUCCACUCUUAUUCCAUGUUAUCUAUAUAUUUGUUGGCAUAUGAAAACGAACCGCUAUGUACCAUCUUCUUCAAAUGCUGUCAACCAGAAAGUUUAUAUCCAUUCUUUGGCUGUAACAAUAUUGUUUCUGAUAUGCAAAAUCCCACCCAUUGUUUAUACUUUUAUGGACACGAAAUCUGAUGUUUUUCAGUUGGUUGCGGAAUUUUGUUUCUACUUGAAUGCCAGUCUAAAUCCAGUCAUUUACUUCUACUUAAAUAGGUGUAACAUGAGACGUUGUUUAAAGUGUUUAGGGCGUAAUAAAGUGGAUCUUACCACUGGGACGAGGAUAAUUGCUGCGAUACCAGUGAGAAGAUUUAUAGGCACCCAGAACCUUGAAACUACUUCAGUUUAAUUCAGCAUCAGGCAAAAGGAUGCAGAUUCAAGAGGUUUCUUGAGCGACCAGAUGAUAAAGGCUUACCCAAUGUUAGUAGCUAGCAAGCGCAAGACCGUAUUUGUGUUACCGUUACUCACAGUUCAAAGGCUGAUUCGUCCAGGAAUCCAUAAUUGCUACUGACUUUGGAUAAAGGUUUGGCUACGCAUUGCAAUGAAGGUUUGGUUGGAUGAAAAACUGAGCCUAAUCUCGUUAGGUCCAGUUAAAAUCGGCGGUAAACUCUUUUAGCUCUUGAGUGAAACUGGGAACAUAUAUUUAUAGCGCUAUACCACGUUUUAAAGUCUUCCCUCAGAUAAUUCAUUGAAAAAUUGAUAUUUUAUUGAAUCCAGUAAAUAUUGAUGCUUUUUCAAUCGUUUGUGUUGCAAUAUUCAUAUCAUGUUAACUUAUAUUCAUGCUUCUAAAAUCAAUUGAAAAAUAUUUCUUCUAAACAAUUGUUUCAUAAAUAUGAUGACUGACGACAAAGACUUUCUCAUCAUUGCAUCGUAUCAUGGUAAAUCUAUUGCAAUUAGGGUCCCUUAAAGUGUUAAAGAUAAAUUUAGUCAUGUUAAUUAGCAUCAAAACUCAGGGACAUGGUGACAAAUUAAAGAGAUUUCUUUGGACAGGGCAUUUAGCAGAAGAAGAGCGAAAUUCUUUUCAUUAUCUGCUCCCGCAAGCAGGGCGCGUUAGGCACAGUGCAGAUCCACUUUCAGUCCAGAUAUAUUUUGGCAUAAUUGUGUCAUAGUAUUAAUUAGGGGAUAUUCAUGACUUCCAUGGCAAUGAUUUCAUUGUUUUGAUAAUGCAUACAAUAGCGAACGGUAGAGGGCAUAAGUAACUGUUCCUCCAAGUCAGCUUACUUUGUUUAGUGCAAAGAUGAUCAAAUUUUCAUGAGAACAUCACUUUAUCACAGCAUUUACCUUUCAGUAUCCACAAGGGGAUGUUUGGUGCUAGAAUUGUAUUAAUGACCUUUCGGUAUUAUAAUUGUUGGUUAGUUAAUCGUUAUCUCUCCUACCUACAAAAAUAUAUUCUUUCCAGCGAGUUGAUGAUAUUCUUUCCAGCGAUCUUGUUUGCUUAAAAAAUGAUUCGAUUGCAUCUCGCAUCAGCCAUAAACUCAUAGCCUCUCAUACAUAAUAAAUAAUUAAUCAAUCAUAUGUAUCAAACCAAACUGAAUAGCUAUUAUCGACAACUGUUAAAAAAACCAAAGAUGUUUAUUCCCUAAUUAUUUUCUUCAAACCUGUUUUGUUCAAGUCAACGACAAUCUUUUGGCACAGUUUUUUAAGCUUUCCUUGUCGUUCCGCCAAUAUGAGCUUUUUUAACAACAAGGCCUAAUUGGGAUAAAAAAAUGUAAAAUCUGUUUACUCACUCCAUCAAUGGCGGGAAAAGACACAAGGUCGUCUUGUUCUCAUUAGAAAUGACAGCAAUUCAGAUUUAAAGCAGUUGUACUUGUUGAGGGUACCCCAUAUGUUUUUAGGGGAUACGGGAAUCAUCAUUUUUUGGAGUCGGAAAUCGGGAAUUUGUAAAUUUUUGUGAGUGAAUUCGGGAAUCGAUAACACUGGGAUUAGGGAAUUAAUGGUCGGGAAUCGGGGAACAAACGUAGCGGGAAUUCGGGAAUCUUGGGACCUAUUGGGUAUCCUCUUUGUUUACAACACAUGCUUAAAAUGCCUAAAAUUAUCUCUCUUUAUUGUGUUGCAUUUUAUAAACUUCCACCAUAUCUUGAGUUGCUCAUCCAUGUGCGCAGUUCUAUGAGCCGGUGAGUGAGUUUCUGUAAGCAUGGUACCCGAAUUAUUGUUUGCUGUUCCGCGUUGAUAGACCGAGAAAGAUUUCUUACUUGCCGGUAAAGAUUUUACCAAAACAUGAAGAUGCCACUGUAAUUAAAUAGAAAAUAAAUAAUAUUGAGAUACAAUAUCUCACCAAAAUGGCUCGUGGAUAUUUUGGUGGACAAAAAUUUAAUAUUUUCGCAGUCUCGUUAGCGGCCGUUUCAGCAUUUCUGCUUGGGUUUUUUGUAAACGAUAAAUUUGGUAAAGAUAUUAGGCUAUAUCGAACGACAGAGAAUUUGCAGAAGCGUGAAGCUGGAAAUCAGAAGUCAUAUUAUCACGACAAAGCAGCUGAAGAUGUAUCUAGUUCAAGUAUUAAAAAUUAUUUCAGGUACUUCACGUCUGUCCCACACAUCGGUGGCUCAAAAGAGUCCUACGAGCAGGCAAAAUAUUUAGCAGACCAACUUCGUAAAUUUGGGUUUGACAAAGUUGAGCUGAAGAAAUAUUACGCAUUGCUAUCAGUGCCACGAUCACCUGGAAAUGUAAGCCUAUAUGAUGAGAAUGGAACUGUGCUCUUCCACGAAACCAUUACUGAAAAGCCUCUGCAUAGUUCCGAGGGUGAUCCAAGAGAAGUGUACCCAUUCAAUGCUUAUACUGCUUCAGGACAAGCAGAGGGUGAGCUGGUGUAUGUUAAUUAUGGUACUGACAAAGAUUUUGAAGAGAUAAAGAGAAUGAAUAUAAGUCUUAAAGGGAAAAUUGUCAUUUGCAGAUAUGGGAAGAAUUUUAGAGGUGAUAAGGUAAACUUUGCCGAAAAAGCUGGUGCGAAAGGUGUCAUUCUUUUCUCUGAUCCUCAAGAGUUCAGCUCCGAUGUGAAUUACCCAGAUAGCUGGUUUUUGCCUGAUACAGCAGUUCAGAGAGGGAAUAUAUUAAAACAGAAAGGGGAUCCACUCUCCCCAGGAUACCCAUCCACAGAUGGAAUGUACCGAAUGAAACCCGAGAAUGUGAAAUUUCUCCACAAGAUUCCGUGCCAGCCAAUCAGUCAGCGGCAUGCCACAGCUCUUCUGCGAUAUCUAGAUGGUAUUGAUCCUCCUCACGACGGAUGGCAUGGACGGUUGAAUGUUACGUACAAAAUCACAUCCAAGGCAAAAUUUAAAGCUCGUAUAACUGUUGAUGUCCCAUUGGUGGAUAGGCCGAUUUACAAUGUUAUUGGUACAAUUUAUGGCGACAAAGAACCAGAUAGAAUGCUUCUCAUUGGAAAUCACCGUGAUGCUUGGGUGUAUGGCGGUGGGGAUCCUUCUAGUGGAACUGCAGCGCUGGUGGAAACAUCCAGAGUGAUUGGCAAUAUCAAGAGUGCUGGUUGGAGACCAAGAAGGACAUUAGUAGUUUGCAGCUGGGAUGCAGAGGAGUAUGGUCUCAUGGGGUCAAAAGAAUGGGUGGAGGAGUAUGCAGCCAUACUUAGUUACAGAGCAGUUGCUUACAUAAACAUUGAUAUAGCUGUUCAAGGUAAUUACACUCUAAGAGUGAAAUCAAGUCCUCAGUUGGUAACACCGUUCAUUGAUGUCGUCAAAGAGCUUAAAGUGCCUGACUCUAAUGUAAGCCUUUAUGAAGACUGGGCAUCAAAAUUCCCCGAUCCGCAACGAGAUCAUUCUCCAAAAAUUCACACACUUGGAGCCGGGAGUGAUUUCACUCCAUUUUAUUCCGUUAUUGGUGUCCCAGCUUUAGAUUUCCGGUACACAUACAACGAGAAUGCAAUGCACCUUGGAAGCUACCCCGUCUACCAUUCGAUUCACGACAACUACCACUGGAUGUCGACCUUUGUUGAUCCUGAUUUCAAAUAUAAUAAAGUUGUAACACAAGUAUGGGUCAAAUACACAUUGAAGCUGCUGGACGGCGUCAUCCUUCCCUUCAACUCGACAAGAUAUUGUGAAGAUCUCGUUAACUAUAUCAAAAGUUUUGAAGCAGGCUACAGUGAACUUCUAAGAGCUAACGACGUUGAUCUCAAAAUGCUAACAGUUGCAGCAACAGAUUUCGUGGCAGCAGCUUCAAAAUUGCAAAGUAGAAUUGACAAAAUAGAUUUUAACAAUGCGAUUGCAGUAAGGACAUUAAAUGAUCAGUUGAUGGAAGUCGAGCGAUCAUUCAUAGUCCCUUCUGGCCUGCAAGGGCGGCCACAAUUCAAGCAUAUACUCUACUCUCCAAGCAGUGUUAACAUCUAUCUUGGGCGGUCUUUUCCUGCUGUUAUUGAAGCAAUUCAUAGGGUGGAAACAGGAAAAGAUAAAGAUUGGAAUAAUGUAAACAUUCAGAUUGCUUUGGUUGCUCAUCAUACUCAAAUGGCUUCAAAAAUUUUAGAUGAAAUAGCAAACAGAUAAGCUCCUUCUUUUACAUUUUUUGUAUGUUUAUAAAAGUGUAAUUUUAGACAUUAAUCUUUCUUAUCUUAAUUGGCAAAAUUAAUACUGCUAUCAGGGGCUAACACGAGUCUUCAGGGGCAAACAUAGAAGCAAUAUAUUUUUGUAAUUCUCUGUUAAUAGGGCAACUGACAAAUAAGUUGAAGUUUUGUUUCAUUUAGUUUCUGGUUGCUUCCAGGAUGUAAGACUGUCAUCAUAACUUAGGUGUCCAUCCUUAGCAAAUAAUUAACCUUCGUGCAAGAGGUAGCUUGAUAAUUUUGAUAAA